GACUGACGUGGACCCCAACCGGCAGCUCGCACGAGGCAUGCGCGGAGCUGAACCAAGAACCGGAUGCGAGAGUCCUUUUGUCGUCUUUUCGCAGCCAUCAUCAGUCUUACCCCACUACGGAAGCAUCUCGUUCUUCUCGCGCGCUCCUCUUGCGCGGCCGAGAACAAAGUCCAAAAGGAGGACCGGAGCAAUUUCUUCGAUCACUUGGCAUACUCCGUGUCUAUUCUCAUGAACCGAUGGAAACCCUUUCCCUGUUGCAGCGGCACCGCCGCGACCGCCACAAGCUCCUCGAGUUCAUCUUUUCCGCAGGUCUGAUCCGAGCUCCAUCGGGUGACUCUCUGGACUUGUCCAAUGUCGACUUGGAUGCCAUCAGCGUCGACUACGUUCUUGAAUGCGUAGAAUCCGAUGCAGUAUUUGAUCCUUCGGCAGCCACCAAAAGGUACACCGAGGCGUUGGAUUAUCCGGUUAUGAUAAACUCAUCAUCCCGAAACUUCUAUUUUCUUGUUUCAAAAACAGAAUUGUCUGGAUCUCCUCCUCAGCGAAGUGUUCCUCAGAUCAAUGCGAAAAUAUCUUCAAGUCACUCAUCUUGUUUAACAGAGCAACCAGACAAUUUAGUUGGCAGAGAAACCAAUAAGUCUGGAGUUGAAAGCAAUAUUAAUGAUCUAGCUGCAGUAGGUGUAUCUUCUCAUCCAGUGAACAAUGCAUAUAUGCUCUCUCUAAAUUUACCCACAUUAACUACAGGAUUAUCUGAUGAUGAUAUGCGAGAGACAGCCUAUGAGGUGCUUGUUGCUUCUUUCAUACUCUCCGGGGGAGAAAUACGUUUGUUUGAAAAGAAAAAGAAGGAAAAAAGAUCUAGAUUUUUAAAGGGGCUAAGAUCUAAAAGAGAUGAAUUAAAUUCAGGCUCAGAACCAGAGGAUUGCCAUAUCGACCUGCUGGAUGUCAUUCGUGUUCAGAUGGAGAUCUCAGAAGCAAUGGAUGUGUGCACCAAACAAGGUUUGAGGCGCUUUGGUGAAAAGAAGAUGCAUGAACAGACCGAUGUUCCUCUAAUAUCAUUGGAACUCUUGGGUGCCAUUAGCAGGUCAGAUGUUCCUACUGAAAGAUCAUACAAACAGUGGCACAAGAGACAGGCAAAUAUUCUAGAAGAACUACUCAUGAUUUCUGUUGACCUUGUUUCUGAUGUACAUGCAACACUGGGCAUGCUUCUCUCGAAGCUUAGAAAUAUAGAGGAAUGGGUUUUAAAUACAAGUCCUGAUGGACGUGCUGAGAUUCUGACAGCUAUUAAAAGAUAUGCUUCAAAAUUUUCAAAUAUGCCUAGAAAGUUUGGUAUUCGAAACGAAACCUAUUACUGGACCAGGAGUUUCCAUUUUAACAUUAAUCUGUAUGAGAAGUUACUCUGCAGUAUCUUUGAUGUCCUGGAAGAUGGUCAGAUUUUAGAGGAAGCGGAGGAAAUUAUUGCUUUUCUUAAAUUGACUUGGUCUACGUUAGGUAUUAUUCAAAAGGUGCACGAUGCAUUAUAUGCCUGGGUGCUUUUCCGGCAGUUUGUUAGAACAGGUGAGGGAAGACUUUUGAAAUAUGCAGUUGUAGAGGUGCAGAAAGUUGUAUCAGGUAAAGAUGGUGAGGGAAUUGAGGAAGCAUAUAUGAGCAGUCUUAUUUGUUCAGUUGAAGCCCAUGGCAGCAAAAGGUUUCUGAAUUUGGUUGAUGCUGUUCUGUUUGAUAUCAAUAAGUGGUGUCACAAUCAACUAGAGGACUAUCAUUUGCAUUUUAGUCAGGACAAAUUGGCUACACUUGAAAGCAUCCUGACAUUGGCAAUACUUUGUGGGUCACAUUUUGCCGAUGAAUUUGCAGAAAUCAAGUACAUUAUACCUUUGGCUGGAGAUGGGACAACAUCUAUCUUAGUGCAUUCAUUCAUUGAGAAGUCCAUUCAAGCUGCUUAUAAACGGGUCCGUAAUGUCGUGGAUGCGAAAUCUAAGUUGGAAGGGAAGCAUUCCCUCACCAUGCUUGGCAAUGAAUUAAAGCUAAUUGCUGAGAAAGAAUGCACUACAUUUAUUCCUUUGUUGUGCCGCCAAUAUCCUGAUGCUGGAAUUCUUGCUGCCGUACUCCUCCAUCGGUUAUAUGGGGAACAACUGGAUCCAUUCUUGCAAGGUGUCUCACAGUUUUCAGAGAGUAUAAGAGAAGUACUUGCGGCAGCUAAUUGCUUAGAGCGUUAUCUUUCUCGCAUAGUCCGUUCUGUACAAAAUUGCGUGGGAUCUCCGAUAAUCAAUUAUUUACAUCCAUAUCAGAUACAACAAAUUUGUGCACCACUUAUUCUUCAAUGGUUACAUACUCAACAUGACAUCAUCUUGGAGUGGACAAAACGUGCUAUCCAGAUAGAGGAUUGGGAGCCUUUAUCAUCUCAACAAAGACAAGCAGCAUCCAUAAUUGAAGUCUUUCGAAUCAUUGAAGAGACUGUUGAUCAAUUCUUUAACUUAAACCUUCCUAUGGAUAUGAUCCACUUGCGGUCUUUACUGAUUGGAAUUGUUCGGAGCCUUGAUUCUUAUUUGCAAUACAUGGUCAAUCAGCAAGUCGACAAGCAUAUGUUGUAUCCUAGCCCCCCAGCUUUAACACGAUAUAAAGUGUCAAUUAAUCCUUUCGCAAAGAAAAGAUCGAUGGAGCAUGCAUUUCUUGAGGAGAAAAUAACCAAACAGUUAAAUGACUUGACAGUACCAACACUUUGUGUUAAACUUAACACUCUGCAUUACAUACGAGAUCAACUUGAUACAUUAGAAGAUUCUGUAAAGCAAACUUGGGAACUUGCUCAGUCAGGUCAAAUUUUUGGAACUGUUAAGCAAGAUUCAUCCAUAUCUAGUGAAUCAGUUGAUGAACUAUUUACUAUUUUCGAUGACGUCAGAAGAAGUGCAAUAGAUGCAAGUGAUACAAUCACUGACUUCAUUGGAACAAGGGUCAUAUUCUGGGAUAUGAGAGAUUCCUUUCUUUUCUCAUUAUAUCAAGGCAGAGUUGAAAGUGCUCGCUUCGAAAUUUUUCUUCCAUUACUUGAUGGGGCUCUUGACUACAUAUGUGAUCUAAUCAUUGAGACACUUAGGGAUCAAGUUGUUUCAAGCAUUUAUCAAGCAUCAAUGGAGGGAUAUGUGUGGGUAUUGUUGGAUGGAGGCCCAUCCCGUGUGUUUUCUGAGUCUGAUGUGACAAUGAUGCAAGAAGAUUUAAAUGUCUUGAAGGAUUUUUUUAUAGCAAACGGGCAAGGCCUCCCUCAUGUUAUAGUUGAGAAGGAAGCAAGAUUAGCUCAACAGAUCGUAGAUUUGUAUGCCCUGAAGACAAAUUCCAUUAUUGAGAUGCUGAUAAGUGCAAGUGAACAAAUCUCCUAUUAUCCUGAAUCUAAAAAACCUGGGCAAAGAUGUGCAAAUGGUGCUGAAACAUUACUUCGAGUUUUAUGUCACAAGAAAGAUGAAGUAGCAUCUAGGUUUCUAAAAGUGCAUUAUAAGCUUCCCAAGUCUUCAGACUAUGAGGAUGUUGUUGGAAAGGAGCCAGCACUAAAAUCUUCCCUUAUAGAAGACAUGCUCAAAAGUAACACUUCGUUCAACUGGACAGAAAAGGGCCAGAGAGGGUUUAGGAUGAUGAAGAAGAAAUUUCAGGAAGCAACAUUUGAAAUCCCACGUGCACCUUGGUAAGCAAUUACCGCCGGUUUCUUUUGCUUAUACAGAACUAGUUAAGAUUGUCCGAAUUCUGAAAAUGAGUUUUCUUCUUUCCCCUGGUGGGGGAGGGGGGGUGGGGUGUGGCGUGGGGAGGGGUGGGGAGUGGUGGUGGGCAGACAGGGGUUCCACUCCCCAGAUGUAGCUGUUAUAAACAAUCAAAAGCUCUCUUUUAUCUCAUUCUUUCAGGAGAUCAUAGAACUGGAGUAUGAUUGUGGAAUAUCAAGUUCUGUAUAUUAGUAUUUAUCUUUUUUAGUUAAUAUCAUCAUUUGACCAAACAUUUAGACUUUUAGAAUAAUUUGAAUAUCUGAGAGAAGUCAGAACAAUUAUCAUAUUUUAGUCAAAUUGUUCUAUUGUAUCAGUUAUAGAGUUGUUUCUUAUAGAUACAAAAUUGUAAGAA